AUCGAGUUGGAUGAACUAGAUAAAGAUGAGAACUCUGGCUUGCUGCUGCACCUAAUAAGACGCAUUCGCCUGGAGCGGGACUGUGAUACCAUUGUCAUCUAUGGGAGUGAGCCGUGUGUGUUUCAUGAGCUUCUGCCUCAGCUGGAGUUGCCCACAGUGCUGCUCUCCCAGGGCAGCAACUGGGAGGAUUGGAGUUUCAGCAGUGAGUCGCUGCUGCUCAUCUGUAACUCAAAUGCCGAGCAGGAGCGGAAUAGGCGCACUUUACUGAAGCUGCAGCAGGCACGGCGAUUGGUCUAUCUGGAGGCAGGAAAGAAACCCACGGAAGUCUGUGAGGCCUACUUCGAGCGGGAGCUGGUUAAUGUGGCCAUGGUGGAUGCUUUGGGUAAUCUGUAUAGCUGUCGCUGCUUUCAGCAGGAGAACUAUGUGCAACUGGCUCUCAAUUUAAGCAACAGCUAUCAGACAGAGUCCACAGCCCUGGUGAACUUAAACUUCGACUUCGACAAAGAGUCCGAUUCCCACUCUCACUACGAUUCAAUAUAUGUUGAGCAAUUUGCCAACAUGCAAGGAUCUCUGAUUAGAACUGAACCCGAUCAACUAGGCCCACGUGCAUUUCUUUAUAAAAAUCCUACCACAGGAGAGUAUGAGAUAAAAGGGUUCGUUUCGAAUCUGAUCACAUCGUUUGCGGAGCGUGUAAAUGCGACGGUGAAGUUACGCGACGACAUUGGCCUAGGCCAGAAAAUUCACAUGAGGAAUAUCAUUCAGCGGGUGUUGCUGGAUCAGCUGGAUAUCGCAGCCACGCUGAAAAGCACUGUGGAUUUUGAGAACUUUGACUAUCUUUCAUAUCCCUAUAUCCACAGCUCGUAUUGCUUCAUGAUUCCAGUCCCACCUCGAAUGGACUACAAGGAAAUUUAUACACUGAUUUUCCAUCCCCUGGUAACUGGUGUGCUAAUUGUCUUAUUACUGAUCUUCUCGCUGCUGCUAAUCUACAGUCAAGAGCUCAACUGGCGCAGGUUCAGCCUCAUCAAUAUAUUGCUCAACGAUCGCUGUCUGCGCGGUCUGCUGGGACACGCCUUUCCGAUGCCCGCCUAUUCCAGUCGGUAUCUAAAAGGGAUUUGUAUGCUGGUCUGCUUCGCUAGUAUCAUGACGACGACCAUGUACGAGUCCUAUCUGCAGGCGUAUUUUACGCAUCCCCCACACGAGAUGAUGCUGCGCAGCUUCGAGGAUAUUCUCACCUCUCGCUACAAAAUUGCAGUAGAACGAGGCGAGGCUAUUGGUUAUCUGCUUCGGAACUUUAGUUUGACUACCACCAAUGUCCAUCACGUCCACAUCAUAGACGAUUGGCAGGAACUCAUUCGCUUAAGGGAAACUUUCAAUGACAGCUUCAUUUAUCCAGUCACCGAGCUGCGUUGGUUCUCCUUAAAAGAGCAGCAAAAGUAUUUCAGUGAGCCCGUCUUCUACUACUCCCAGGACGUUUGCAUGAAGCACUUUAUGCUGCUAUCCCUGCCCCUUCGUCGCCAUCUGCCCUAUCGCCAGCUCUUCGAACGGCACAUUCUGGCCAUGCAAGAGUUUGGAAUUUCGCAGUUCUGGCUGCGCAACAGUUUCAAUGAGAUGGUUCGCUUAAAGGUGGUUUUGCGGAAGGAUUAUAGCCAUCCCGAGGAGCCUGAGGAUCAGUU